AUGUCCACUUCUGGUCUAUCCGACGGAUUAUCCUUUAUUUCCGACAUCUGCGGUGCACUCAAAAAGUUGAAGCGAACGGGAUGGGUCAAACAUCAGAUACCUCUACCCGAAUCGGACAGCGAUCACAUGCACCGAUGCGCCAUGUGCGCCCUACUGGUGGGUCAACCCGCCGAUCGUCGAGACCAGUGGGCGUACGAGCUAUUUCCACAGUACCAUCCGAGCAAGGUGGACACUACCAAAUUAUUGAGAAUGGCAGUGACGCAUGAUUUGUGUGAAGCCUUGGCAGGCGAUAUUACUCCCUUUUGCGAUCCCUCCUUGGUCGAGAGCAAACACGACAAGGAAGAUCAAGCCAUGGCAGCCAUUCAAAAAGUAGUAGCCGGUCCAUUGGGUCAAGAACUGUACGAUUUGUGGAAGGAAUACGAAGCGCAAACCACAGUGGAAGCCAUUUAUUGCAAGGAUAUUGACAAAUUUGAAAUGGUCGUGCAAGCUUUUGAAUACGAAAAGGAACAUUUAAUGGCCAAGGGACAAGUCGACAAAAAACCGGCUGCCGCUUCUUCUUCUUCAUCUGCUGACGAACCACCACCGGCCAAGAAAUUAAAACUCGAAGGAGUAGCCGCCAAUCCACCCACCAUCGCUGCCACCACCAAGCAUCGAGAUGUCCGAAAGGAUGUCUCUUCCGAACCGUUGCGUGGAUUUUUUGUCUCGACGAACCGAGCCAUUAAAACUCCGCUCUUUCGGAGACUGGAUCGUGAAUUGAGAGAAAGACGGAGGAAGGUCUUGGCAGAAAAAGGGUGGGAAGUCGAUGUGGACGAAGAACAAAUACCAUUGCCGCCGCCAUCGGCUCCGAAAUGA